AUGCUGCGUGCCGCGCGCGGUGCUUACAGGCAUGCUGAGCCAGGUUUUUCACGAAGUCCUGGUCAUUCGGGUGCUCACCACGGCAUAGCUUCUUGUAGCCAUAGCUGCUUCGCCAACAGCCCCAGCCGUCUCGCACGCUCAUAUCUUCACUCACUGUCGACAUCCUCAAAUCUAGCUUCAAAAAGUCGAUGUGACCCAAUUGCAAAAUCACACAGGUCCGAUGCUCUCAGAUUCACGUUUUGUCGAACACACUACUCAACCACCUCGGGACCAACAACCACAAUCAACAACGAUGCACGAAUGCGGUUCGACCGAAGUGAAACAUAUACCAAGGCAGAAAAUGCCAGCUCCGAAGCUGUCCAAGAAAAGUUCCGUCGUCUUGGAUUGAAUGCCAACAUCAGUCGUCAGAUUGCACUCACGCAUCCUCACAUCCGGCAACCCACACAAGCACAAACUGCACUCAUACCGGCCAUACUCUCGCCCACGGAUGUCAUCUUGCGCGCUCACACCGGCACAGGAAAGUCUUUUGGUAUCCUUCUGGCGCUUCUCAGCAAGCCACGCAUUGUGUUCAGUGAGCCGACGUCGCAAGAUACUCAGAGCUCCUUGCCAUCCGCUCGGAGCAAGCGGAACAAGCCGCAGACCGGAAUCGCUUCACUCAUCCUGGUGCCAAGCAACGAGCUGGCUCUUCAAUACAUGCGCUGGGCUCGAUCGCUCUUUCCAAGAUCGGUUCUACCGUCUCUGGAACCAGUCAUUCAGUGCUUAGUGCGCGGGGCCCUCCCCGGAACGGAAGCUCCCACAAUUCAAGAAGGGGUGGAGCGCUUGAAAGCCAGCCCUCCUCAUAUUCUGAUCGGCACCCCGGGACGCAUCAAAGACAUUCUGGAUAGCCCCGCUGGCUCCUCCCUGCUUGGCCUCGACACGUUGAGAACGCUUGUCCUUGAUGAAGCAGAUGCAGUACUCCAACUUCCCGGCCGAUUUCCUUCGCAAAAGCAACGGUGGAAGCAUGAAGUGCACAAGGCGCCUGGUCUUCUUGUUCUCAACGAGAUAAUGAAACGAAGACCUACUUUUUCGGGAGGCGAAAAGCACCUUUCUGCUGGACUGGAGAAUCGACCAGGCAAGAAACGCGACGAACGACGCCCUCCAGAGCAUAUACGUCGGAACCUCUACAAAGCAGCCGAGCGAUCUGCAGCCAACAGCACUGAUACGAAAACCGGACUGGCGCUUGCCAAGCCACGCUGUGCCGGUGCGCAGCCACUACAGCUCGUAGCCACAAGUGCUACGGCCAAUUCGGUGAUGCGUCAUUUCUUUGCUGCUCGAACCGGUUGGCUUCGGACAGGAGCAAAGGAGAGCGGGAUGGCAUUCUCACCUCAAGUAGGUCGCUGGAUCGACCUGACCGGACUCAGCGGCAAAAGCAUGGUGGAACAAGGUAUACGAGGGCUAUUCGGAGCAAAGAAGCUUUCGCAGGCUGAUUCGCUGAUUCAAUCGUCGAUCGAGCAAACGCCUUCGACGAUGCCCGCCUCGAUUGAGCACACGUGUGUUGUCGUCGACGAGGCUCCAUUGUCCCGACAGCUUUCUGCCAUUCCUCUGCGCAACUUUGAGCCCAGACUGGCCAGAAAGAAAGACAGCAGCACGAUCACUGCUUCUUCUGAUGCCACCUUCUCGCCAGAGACUGCAGCUGGUGGUACUCUCGGAGACGACUUCUUUGUGAUCAAACCCGAGGACGAACCACAAGAACACGAGAUGGACCAGACGCUGAUCGAGGCGCUCGCGUUCUGCUUUGCCUCGGAAGGCGUCGACCGUGGUCUCGCCCUAAUUCCGGCUCGAUGGAGCCUGUUGAGGAUGCGUGCUGCGCUCGAAGCGCUCGGCGUGACGGUUCGACUUGCUUCGGAUGUCGGCGCUUGGCCUGACGCCACACCAGCAGCAGCGCAGGUCGGCAAUAACGCGCCAACUUCCGCUGCUGCUGUGAACCCGGAACUGUUUCUCCUGCAAGCCACAUCUUCACGCGGUCUUGACAUUCCGUCGCUCUCGCACGUCUUUCUCGUCGGGUAUGCUUCUGUGAUAGAUGCCGUGCAGUACGUUCAUUCUGCUGGUCGUGUCGCACGCGUCGGCGGAGAUCCCGACAAGCCCGCGACGGGCAAGGUCGUUACUCUACUUCGCGGUUUGCCUCACCAUUCGCCGAUGCCAACCGAUGUCCAGGGCCAGUCACGCUUCUCUCAGGCCAAACUUGCCAUUUCGACAUCGGAAGCAAAGAUGGCCAAUGUGUACAGGCGACUCGGGGUGGUUCCGAAACGGUUCGAUCUGGGAUUGCUCUCGUCGGGUGUUGCCGCUACGAGUGAAAACCAGACCACAUUGAAGCAGUCCGAGUCCAUCGCAGAGGAUUCUCAGGUCAAAUCGGCUGACACCGAGGAGGCCAAUAACGACGAGCAGAUCCUGCAAUCCUCGUAA